AUGAGUUCAAAAACUAGAAAUACUUUUGCUAGUAUUAUUACUGGUACUGCUCCAUGUGUAAUAGCUGCUACUGCUCUGCAUGUAAUAGCUGCUACUGCUUUGCGUGUAAUAGCUGCUACUCUAGCUAUGAAUCAAGAACUACAGAAAUUAUCAAAGUUCCUGCAGCAAAAGAAAGUAUUAGACACGAAAGUGAUAGUAUUAGA